UAACGGUGUAUUAAUUCCACGUGCGCCUGCUAUAGCACCAUGGCUCAGCGUAAAGAAUCCGUAAUCGAAAAGCCUCCUUCAAAAUGUUUCAUCUGCUCAAGCAUCCAUAAGAAGAUUUGCAAGAAACCGACAAAGAGCAAGAAGGUUAAAGACAUCCGACUGGAGCUACCGCCGUACACUCGUUACGAGCGUGCAAGAAGCCAAGGCAGCGAAAACCAACGUUGCGAUCACCGAAAUUCCAGUGCACACCGCACAUCAAGCGACGCUAGUCACUCUGGUCGUAGUCUUAGUCGUCGUGAAGACAGCCUGGGUAUUGUCUCACGAGCCAUCAUUAGUGGUAUUAAUGUAAUUAAGCAACAAUUUUCUCUAAGAAUAACUGCUAGUAAUUUUGUUCGUCGUAAUGAUGACCCCGAAUGUAGGGGGAAACUCAAAACUAAGUCACGCAUCGAUCACUGCAAGUGUGAUGGCAACAACUCGAGGUCUUGUGUCAAGAAAAACAAUUCAGAGCGACGACGUUCCCACAGCAGGUCUCGACAAAUCCUUCAAACGUCGCAUGUCAAUAACUAUGAGGAACAUCGCUGCCCUCGUUCCCGCGUUCGCAAUCGUCGUGCACUGAACACAAGACAGCUUUACAGUGCUGACUGCGACCGUGGCGCUGCUUCUCGUCGCCGCGUCCAGCAGUUGUCGCAAGUUGGCGAAGCAAAGCCGAAUCUCCUAACUCGUGCUGUCUUCACCGCCUCGCGCUUUCUACCACGUUCUCGUCGAACCGCUGCUGAACUUCUUGUAUUUUGUCUUCCCAAGCCUAUUGACAUCCUGGGGAGUCGCGAUGGGAUCACCAUCAGCGUGUGGAACAAACGCAAGCUGCAGAAGAAAGGCUCAAACAACGCGUUCCUGGGCAGCGUCCUGCUCACCCCCACGCUCGUCAACCAGCUCAAGGAUACCGGCUAUCAACGGCUGGAGCUGGGACGUGAUAGCAGCAACCUUCCUGACGACCCUGCGACGGGAGGAGGUGACGUGCGAGGACAGCUCAUCGUCUCUCUCAUGACGAGGGACAACAGGAGUGGCUCGUCCUCUGCUGCUGCUGCUGCCCUGGCCAUCACCAACCCUCUCAUCAGAGGGCCCGACGACCUGCCUGAGGGUUGGGAGGAGCGGCGCACCGCAGCGGGGCGCGUGUACUACGUGGACCACAACAACCGCACCACGCACUGGGAGCGCCCCAGACCCACAGCCUCCACAUCACAGCAAGCUAGCAGCUCGUCGAGCCCCAGUCGCCACUCGACGUGCUUCGCUGGUAACAUCGUCCUGACCAACCCUGCCGCGGCGCUGGCGUGCGGGGAGACUUCGUCCCUUGCUGCCGACGAGCCAAACGCGUCCACGCCCGAGAAAACCCCUGUUAGGAGGGCUCGCAGCGAGACGAUGAGUGGCAGCAACGGUGGCGGUGAUCGCAGGAGUGCCCUGGUGCUGCCCCUCACCCCCAGCCACUCCUCAGGAUCCCAUCACUCCUCCCCCAACACCCCACACGGGGAUGGCGGAGGCUCCUCAUCUCAGCAGCGUCGUCGCUCUGCCCGCCAUAGGAAUUACCUCACCAGGAACAGACUGCACGACCAGCCUGGUGAUCUGCCCGCGCACUAUGAGCUUCGCACCACUUCCCAGGGCCAAGUUUACUACUUCAACACCGAGUCAGGCGUGUCAACGUGGCAUGAUCCCAGAAUACCCCGGGACCUGGGCCCGCUGGAGGAUAGCGAGCUGGGGCCUCUUCCUACGGGCUGGGAGUUGAGGUUCACAGCAUCAGGACGACCGUACUUCCUGAACCAUGUUAAGCGCACCACACAGUUUACAGAUCCUCGGCUCUCCAACAGAAACGUCCUCAACAACAUACUCAGGAACCGCGAGAGCACUCUAGGCUCAAGUCAGGAGUCGACCUCGACCGUCAUCACCAACAUGUUAUCGGCUGUCACGAGCACACAGCCCGUCACAGUCACCAGCAGCACCAACAACACUAACAAUAAUUUGGGACCAAAUGAUACUCGUAGCGGUAGUAGCAGUAGUAAUAGCAGCACAACCACCACAACUACAAGUAGCAACCAUACCGUCGCUACUGUUGCUGGUAUACCUACAAGUGAUGACACUCUGAAUAUUGAAAAUGUAGAUCCUAUGGAGGUUCUCAUUGACUCGCUGUCGCGUUCUAGGCUGGCCAACGGCUCGACGAGUCCACACAGCAGAGUGUCUCCGCCUGCUGAUCUUGCCGCAGCGCCUAGUGAACCCGUUCCUAACGAUAAUAGUGUUACUCAUAGAACAAGUAGUAGUAAUAGUAAUAAUAGUCCUAGCGAUCAUACAUCUCCAACAUCAUCUCCAAAUGCUGCGUCUGAAGUAGUUUCUAUAGAACCUGUAGUGUCAUCGCCUCUGCCAGCUGCCUUAACCACAACUAAUCCUAUAGCUACAACUGUCACCACUUCGACUCCUACAACCGUCCCUUUGCCAAGUACCAUCACGUCCACCGCCCCUACCAGCGCAUCGAGAACUCCCAUACGUCGAGUGCCACCAUUGCCAUCCUCGUCAAGCGCUUCCUCAGCUCCUAAUCCUAACAGCAACAAAGAUCCUGCCCCUCCUACUGAUGGGGAAGGCCAUGACUGCCCGCCCAAGUAUACCCGCGACCUGGUCGCCAAACUCAACGUGCUUCGUGCGCAGCUUUCUUGUCAAGUACCUCAGAGCGGUCACUGUCGUCUGGACAUCCCCCGCACCGAGGUGUUCGAAGAGUCGUUCCGCCAGAUUAGCAAAUUACGGCCAAAGGACCUCAAGAAGAGACUCAUGGUUAAAUUCCGUGGGGAGGAAGGGCUGGAUUACGGAGGCAUUGCGCGAGAGUGGCUGUAUCUGCUGAGUCAUGAAAUGCUCAACCCAUACUACGGUCUGUUCCAGUACUCCAGGGAUGAUAUUUACACUCUUCAGAUCAACCCUGACUCCAAUGUGAACCCAGAGCACUUGGCGUAUUUUUAUUUCGUUGGCCGCGUCAUUGGACUGGCCGUGUUCCAUGGUCACUAUAUCGACGGCGGCUUCGCGAUGCCUUUCUACAAGAUGCUGCUGAACAAGCCUAUCGUCCUUGAAGACAUAGAGGCUGUUGAUCCUGAUCUCUACAGCUCACUCAACUGGAUGCUCUGCAACGACAUCACGGACGUGAUGGACAGCACAACGUUCACCGUGGAGCACGACAGGUUCGGGGUCCUGCAGCGGAAAGAGCUCAAACCGGGAGGCUCGAAAAUAUUCCUCACUGAAGACAACAAAAAAGAAUACGUUAAACUUUACGUCAAUUUCCGCUUCAUGCAGGGCAUCGAGCGCCAGUUCACGAUACUGCAGAAGGGCUUCACGGAGCUGGUAUCUCAGGAGCUGUUGGCGCCUUUUGACGAGCGGGAACUUGAGCUAAUCAUCGGUGGACUCGGCAAGAUUGACGUCGAGGACUGGAAAGCUAACACCAGACUAAAGCACUGCACCGCAGACACCCCCAUCGUGAUCUGGUUCUGGCAGAUCGUCGAGCGCUACACCGAGGAGAUGAGAGCCCGUCUACUGCAGUUCGUCACAGGCUCUUCUCGCGUUCCGCUGCAAGGGUUCAAAGCUCUACAGGGCUCCACUGGAGCUACAGGACCACGCUUGUUCACCAUUCACCUCAUUGAUGCCAAUAAAGAAAACUUGCCGAAGGCCCACACGUGUUUCAAUCGCAUCGACAUCCCUGCAUACGAGAGCUUCUCGAAGAUGUAUGAGAAACUGACGCAGGCCGUCGAAGAAACCUGUGGCUUUGCUGUCGAAUGAUGCAAUUAUUUGGUCUUCACCUCGAGUUCUGCCAGUCUUUUUGUUGAUUUUAAGGUCUUCCAUCUGGAUCUUGAGGUCUUCUGUAUUGAUCUAACUGUCUAGUUUUUUGGUCUUCCACCUUGAUCUUGAAGUCUUCUGUAUUUAUCCUAGAGCCUCGAGUCGUGUUCGUCGAGUCCACUAUGUACAUCACAGGGUAUCCAUUCUGUUUUUCAGGGCCCUGGAUCUUCAGAAUUUUUACUUGAAAUAUUUAUUAAUUAUAGUAUACCCCAGUCUAUCAUUUAGUAUGAUCAUUUCUAUCAUUCUAUCGUCUGCUUUUGUUUUGCAAUUUUGUUAUCGUCACUGAACUUGAAACCAUCAGCGUGAUCUUCAAGUUUUUAAUUUUUACGUUGGCAAUGCUAGUGUUGAUUUUAAGUUGGCCGUUUUGAUUAUAGGUAUUUUCUUCAUUGUUUUUAAUAGCAGAGCAUUUCUUACAAUUUGCUUACCUUUUUCAAGACUCAAUUUAUUCCAGUAUCUUCAGAAAGAUUUUAUCUUAAAUUUCGUUUUCCGCAUCAUUUAUGUUGAGUUUACUUCAUGCCUACCUUCCGAUAAUUUUUUCAGCAUUUUUUCGUGGAUUCCGUAUGAACUGACGAUGAUGUAGUGUGACUUAGAUCUGAUUUUUCUAGUUUGACAUCUUUUUCUGGUGAAAAAGUCCUUUUUAUGUUAUGAAAGAUGCUGUAUGUGUUGAUAUUUCUUUAUUAAGUGUUCCUUAUUUAAUAAUGUGCACUCGCUGAAUGCUUGAUUUCUCUCAGUUGUGACCCGUCAUUGACGCAUGAUUCUCAUUCAUACUCAUGUUCCUUGUGACUGAAAAUGUGCGUCGGUUAACGACGAACCUUUGCUGUGUUCAAUAUAACGAGAUUCAUGUAUAUACAGUGAAUAAAUGUUUCAGUUAUUGAGACGAUGAUGUAAUGAAAAAUUGUUCUAAUUUGAAAAUGUUUUGAAGGUGGUAUUAUGUAUAUUAUCUGACCAAUCGACCGUAAAAUUGCUUCAAAGUCUAAUUAUUUUCCAUCUCUGUAUUGAUCUUGCCUGAUUUCACGCUUUGGCUGAUUUGUUUUCAUUUGGAGGUACGUAGUAAAAAUUUUCAUCCAUUGAUUAUAGUUUUAUUGUAGCGGUGAGAACUUUUCCGCUUAACAUUGAUUCCGAAUGAAGAAUGACAUUGUCAUUCUUUUUGAAUUUGCAUGUGUUACGUUAGGAUGUCAAAUAAAGAAAGUCGCGUCUGGACUAUACUUAAUUUAUGGUUGAACAAAACACUUGAUGUCUGUAGAAAGACAUUAUCAUGAAUGGCUAUUGAAGACUACGACCAAUUGUCACCUUUUUAUUAGGAACCUUGCGGACCUCUUGUUAACUUUGAAAACAGAGUUUGUGUCCAUAUCUAUCCUGAAGCUUUGUCACUUGAAAGUUUAUUGUCUGUUAACCUAACUAGAAUCAGCAACAAAUUUUAACAGUAUAUCGUUCGCUUCUGUUAAUGGGAUUUGCUUCCAUGUGUUGUGGUUUAGUGGAUGAUUGUGGUAAUCGAUCUUCCUUCUAUUGAAUCUCGUGAAUUCUGCUCCAGUUGCUCCAGUCGAACGGGAUCAGACAAUCAUUCAUUCUCCCAGUGGUGUCUUUAUUCAACAGCCAUGUGGUUCGCAAUAAUGCAAAUGGCUAAAUGGGAAUCUGUGUGAAUGUACAAGGUAGUAACUCGUGAUGCACUAGUAUUUUCCUGGUUUAGCCGUAGUGCGUUCCACUGCCACCCCUUGCAUUUAUCCUAUAAGUGCUUCUUAAUUUCUAAGCGUGUUGUGAACCCGCCAUGUCAUGCUUGUGAGCACCUGCCUCAGGUUGAUGGACAUUGCUGUCAGUUAUGCAGUCGAGUUUCCCUCUAAAACUUCGCUUGCAGCAACAAGCAUUAAUUUUUAGUGGAGUGUUUAACCUAGUAGUGUUUCUGAUCAAUGUUUUACGCAAGUCAAUGUAUUAUACCAACUCAUAUUGUGCCAAGCUUCUUCAUGUGGAACGCUACUCUUAACACAACUUUUGUAGAAGUCAAAUUUUCUUGACGCGGGAUUUUUAUACCAGAAUGUAUGUUGUAGUUGCGUAUGCGCUGUGAUGCGGCUUCUUGUUCUGACCAUCUCCGUUUACCAUAACAUGCUCAUCCCGUGCCUUUUUUUGGCUCAAUUUAUCGUUAUAUUCGUAAUUGUGAUGAACGUUGUAGCGAGUCAAUUGUUUAUGCUUCUUUCUCAAUGUUAAAAUUAAUUAUUACCAUCGCUACUCUUUUAUACACAUGUCUUCUCACGCACCACUGAUGUCAGAUACUGAUGAGCAAAGUUGCCCUAGAGUUUAAAAUAUAUCCUGAGAAUACUUCAAAACCUUACCCUAAAUAUUUCUGGCAUUUCUCAGGUAUACAUGGAAACAUCAUAUUGCACGAGCCGAAAUUUAGAACACACGAGUUUUUCACAUGUGCCCGCUUUUGUCUCUAUUCUUUACUUUGAGUUAGCAAGGCUCGUAUAAAUUAUCGCCAUCUCCUCGCUCACUUUAACUUUCGUAGACUUAGAUAAAAUUGAAACUGUAUUUAGGAUUAUCCAACUAAAGACUGAUCAUGGAAACGACAUUCUGGUCGAAGAUUUUUUUUUUUUUCAAUGUCGCUUGCCCUUUUGUUGCAUUUUCCUUGAAAUAUUUUAAUUGACAUGAGCUUAUGUGCUAUCAGUCAAGAAUUAAUUUAAUAUUUGUUGCUGUUUUAGAAAAUUCAAGUUAUUGACUUACAAAACUGUGUAUCCCAUAAUUAAUUUCAGUCGAGUAUCUUCAUUUGUAAUCAUUUUUAUUUAUUAGUCAUUCCAUGUGACGUAGAGCAAGUUAUAUCACUACGUGUUCCUUGAAUAUAUUAAACUUAAUUUCUAGCACCCGUGUUUCUCGCCAUGAUCUUCACGACUGUCCAUUUAUGUCUUUCUUAAUUAUUUUUCUAUAUAUCUAUGUACUCACCGUAUAUUUUAAUCAGUGAUUCGUCUGCGUAUGAAGUUGAACUGUAUUUGUGAUACCUGGCGAAGUUUUCUCCAAUGAAGAGCCAGGUUUUAUUUUAAGUAUGCAAGUGUUGUACAUAUCAGCCUGCCUAUCCCGUGGGCUAGCCUCCCCUCCACUGCAGGAAAGUAGUCCCUGUGAUGUGCGCAUUUUUCUAUCAGUGCUUAUGGUAUUACACUAGCCAGUCAUU